AUGACGUUUAAGAAUACUGACUUCGAGGAAAUGUUGAGGAAUUCCUUAAGGAUACCUCAGAACAAGGACAUUAAAGGCAGAAAGGGAAAGAAGUCACUGCUCAAGAAAGUGCUCCUUGACACGUCGUUUGAAAGUAUAGUAUUUACCGAAGGCCCUGCAUGGUCCAGUGGACGUCGCUUAAUGCUCAAAUUCUUGAAAAACUUCGGCUAUGGAACCAAUGCUAUGGAGACGAUCAUUGCUGCCGAGUGCAAAGCUUUGGUGGAAUUGCGACUGACUGACGCUGGCCAGCGUAUACUAGUGAACGACAUGUUUGACAUAACCAUUUUGAAUAUUUUAUGGCGGCUUAUGGCAGGCAAGAGGUACGAUUUGAAUGAUGAUCGCUUGAAGAAUAUAUGUGACUGGAUCAGACGAUCGUUCAACGUGGUAGAUAUGAGUGGAGGCGUUAUAAACUUUUUGCCAUUCCUUAGACACAUCUUUCCAGGUCUAACGGGUUACAAAGAAUUGGUUGAAAUAUAUGGAUCUUUAUUAACAUUUAUAAGAGAAGUGACAAGGGAUCAUCAGAAGAACUUCGACAUGAAUAAUCCAAGAGACGUUAUCGACAUGUUCCUGAUUGAAAGAAGCCGAAACAAAAAUAGCAUUGUGGGAACAGAUGAAGAUCUUGAUGUAGUCUGUUUGGACAUGUUACAAGCUGGUAUGGAGACUGUGGGCAACACUGUAGCUUUCAUGUUUCUCUACAUGGUCCGUCAAGAAAGUAUACAGAACAAAGUGAUUGCGGAAAUAGAUGAUGUCAUCGGAAAAAGAACUCCAACACUUGAGGAUCGGCGCAGGAUGACAUACACUGAAGCGGUUGUCAUGGAGACAUUGCGAAUGUCUGCGGUUGCUCCUAUUGGCAUUCCACAUCGGGCACUCGAUGACGCGAAAUUGGGAAACUAUAUUAUACCAAAG